AUGGGAUCCUCUGAUGCUCACCGCAACUUGGAGAAGGAGUUCGAUUCCGCUGCUAUCGCUACCGAGGUGCCUACCUCACUGUUCAAUGGCCUUCAGGGUAACCCCACUUUCACUGUGCCACCGGGUUUUCAGGCUAUCUCAGCCACUCCGACAACAGGGUUGAACGUCAACACCCAGAGGUUUGCUCUGGUAACACCGGGCUCUGAUCUGCCAAACUUGGCCCCCACGUCUGGAGGGGGGUCGCUUAACUUCGGGCUGGCGGAGCAAAUGAUGGCUUUACUCAACUAUGCUAAUAUGCGUCAGGCACUGGGAACUCCGAUGCUGUCUGUCAUCCCCACUGCUGUGAUGCCUGGGGAAAUGCAAGGGAACCCUGCUGACAGAGAACUAGCCAGACCAGAAGGGAGUCGUGUUAGGCUUAACAGUGUUGUCAGGAAGGAGAGGCUGAAACAUCAACUCGAAAAUCUGGAAGAAUCGUUGAGGGAGAAAUCCCGGAGGGACGACAGGGGACAGAGGUCAGAGCGGUCGUACAGAGCAGAGAAGUCCCAUCGUCCAGAGAAAUCACGGUACACCGAAAGAUCAGAAGAAAGGGAGCUGGAGUAUUCCUCUGGCAGGCCAGAGCACAGGGCUCACAAACGUCACGGCCAUGACGCGCCAAGGGACAGAAGGGAGCAGGGAAGAUACAAGGAGGACAAAAGGGCCAAGACUUCAAGGUUUCAUCCUAUCAGCAAACGUAGUCCUUUCUCUGAUGAUAUUUUGGCAGACACUUUACCCAGGAGCUAUAAACCCAUUUCUCUGGAUUAUGAUGGCACCACUGAUCCAGAGGUCCACCUAAACCGGUUCGAGGGGUUGGUCACACUACAUAUGUAUACUGAGGGCAUCAAGUGCCGCAUCUUCUCCACUACUCUCACUGGACCAGCCCAACUAUGGUUCGGAACGCUUGCCCCCAAUUCUAUUCACUCCUUUGAGGAUUUACAGACCUGCUUCUUACGUCAGUUCGCAAGCUCGCGAAGGGUGGGAAAAUUUAACUUAGCCGCUCUGGAGGUGCCAGAGGCAGAAUCUCAGAUUAAGAAUUGUGCCUACGUCAGAGGGCUCAAGCCGGGGCUCUUCUUUGACGAGCUACAGAUCCGACCAGCAAGGGAUUUCGACGAUAUUAUGGCAAGGUUGCCAGGCUAUCUACAGUUGGAAGACGCCAAGAUGGUGAGAAAAGCGGAAAAUGAUAAACAUAAAGCUAAAAGGGCUGAGGAAGCACCAGAGAGACAGAGACACCAGGAUAGAGCACCAUUCAGAGGGUUACCGCCGAGGGGAACCUACCGGGAUGGGCCGCCACAGGAGGGGCCUAAUAAUAAGCUGUGUGAGUAUCACAAUUCUUUUGGACACUACACAAAAUAUUGCGGACAUCUCAAGCAUCAGUUAGAGCUACUGGUUCGCCAGGGAAACCUCGACCAGUUCAUUGACAGAGGAACCGAAGGCCAGAGGCGGAAUGAUCAGAGGGAUCAUAGGGACCAGCGAGAUCAUAGAGAUCAGAGGGAUCAGAGAAAUAACCGGGAUCAGCGACAAGAACAAGGGAAUAAUAGGGAUCAAAGAAAUGAUAAUCGGGAUAAUCGUAGGGAAGGGCCAGAAAGACAAGCACCUCCUCCCCCGUAUCGGAGGGAAGUUCAUAUGAUUUGUGGAGAGAAUGGAACGCCCACAUCAAAUAGGGCUAAGAAACAAGUGGUCAGAGCAGUAAAGUCAGGAUACUACCACAAGCAGGUUAUGGAGAUUACAAGUGCGGCAGAAGAGCCGACGAACACCUUUGGGGCAGAGGAUCUACGUACACUAAUGUACCCGCACGAUGAUGCACUGGUUAUUAUGGCAGACAUUACCAGCUGUAUCGUUCACCGUGUCUUCGUAGACUCGGGCAGCGCGGUGAAUAUCUUAUAUUGGGAGUGCCUUCAAAACAUGGGAAUCGACGUUCAUAUUGAGCCAACGAAUGCCCCUUUGUUUGGGUUCGGAGGAGAAAUGGUCAUGCCUCUGGGUUAUGUGGAGUUACCGUUAACUCUCGGCACUACAGCUGCUAAUAGCAAAACUAGGAUGGUGCGGUUCUUGGUGGUUGACAUGCCAAAGCCCUCCUAUAAUGUGAUACUUGGCCGGCCUGCAUUGAUGGCAUUUAGGGCGGUGAUCUCUAUCGGGGCAAAAAAGGGAAAGAGUGACAGAGGGAUUGGAUACACGGAAGAAGGGGAAGGUGGGCGAAGUGAAUGCCUCGGCAGAGGAGCGCCAGGAAUUGGCAGACGUAUUGAAAGACAGGGACAGUACAGAAAAAACCGCGCUGGUGUCUACUAG